CCUCAUUCCGGACAAGAUGUUACUACUAGGCGGACUUAAGCUCCUAUCAAAUAUCGCUCUAGCCGCUCCAUGGCGCUUAUCCCGCCGCACUUUCAAGGUGGCCAUUGUGGGAGCCGGCGGAGGUAUCGGCCAACCAUUGUCGCUCCUCCUGCGCAGCGGUCCAGGAAUUAAAGAACUCGCUUUGCACGACCUUGUCGAGAUGAAGGGAAUCGCCACGGAUCUGUCCCACGUCAGCAAGUCGGGAAUGGUAACAAGCUUCUCGGGGGAAAAUAUGCUAGAGCCGGCAGUGAGUUGCGCGGAUUUGGUGGUUGUGGCCGCCGGAAUGCCCCGCUUGCCUGGAAUGCAGCGGGACCAGCUGAUGGCCGCCAAUGGCCAAGUGGCCGUUAAGGUGGCCACUGCCGUUAGCGUGGCCUGUCCCGAAGCACUACUCGCCUUUAUUACCAAUCCCGUAAAUAUGAUUGUGCCAGCCGCCGCAGAGGUUCUCAAAGUUAAUGGGAUCUAUGAUCCUUGCCGCCUCUUCGGGAUUACAACCUUGGAUGUGGUGCGCUCGGAGAAGUUUAUUGGCGACUUUAUGAAGAUCUCGCCGGAUAAUGUCAAGAUUCCAGUGAUUGGUGGCCAUGCCGGGAUCACCAUUCUGCCGCUCUUCUCGCAGUGCCAGCCAGAGUUCCAUGGCGACAAAGCUGUGAUUAAGGAAAUGACUCAUCGCAUCCAGGAGGCAGGCACAGAGGUGGUCAAGGCCAAGGCAGGCAAGGGAUCAGCCACCCUGUCGAUGGCCUUUGCUGGAGCCAGAUUCGUGGACUCCUUGCUGCGCGGAUUGAAAGGAGAGAAGGGCAUUGUAGAGUGCGCUUAUGUUGCCUCGGAGCUGACAGAUGCUCCCUUCUUUGCCAGUCCCUUGGAACUAGGAAAGGAUGGGAUCGAGCGCUUCCUGCCACUUCCAACUAUGAGCAGCACUGAAGAGGAGGCAGUGGCCAAGCUAAUACCUGUCGUGCAAGAGAAUGCCAAGGAGGGUAUUGAUUUUGCUCGGAAGUGCUUGGAGGAGAGCAUGGAGGUUUUCCCAUCAUCUUUGCCAUGAUGGAUCUAAGUAAUAAUAAUUAUUUCUGUAAAAAAUAUCGUUAGAAAACACCUCUAAAACACUAUUACACUUACAUAUAUGUUAGCUAGUUUUCUAACUAUUUUUGUCAACCUAAAUACUAAGGCCUGCAACAAUUUUCUUUUAAUUUUGUCAUAAGCUACCCUCUCUAAAAAAGUAAGGCCAUUUUUUUGGCACUCUUGACAGCCAAAACUCAAGCUUGGCAGCUUUAUAAUGACACCACGGAGACAGUCUAGACAAAGAAGCCCAAUAAAUACAAUUUAAGACUGACA